AUGCUUUUGCUCCUGGCUUGUUUGGUUAGUGCAGCAGUUCUUGAUUUUGCAUAUGCACAUCUGAUAUCAAGAGUGCCGUUAUUUUGCUGCGACACGAUCUCAAUUCCCAGAGAAUGGCUCCAAGAGAAGCUGUCGUCGGCACCCAAGAGCCUUCCGCCAAAACCGCGCCCAGACGACAGCUUGACCCAUAUUCUCCCACCUUCACGACGGCCGUUCCUACCUUCUCACAUUGACCCUCAUUCCCCGCAUACAUCUGAAUCAGCGGUCCUGCAGAGCCAGAUCCGAAUGGAUGCCGACUUCAAAGCUUGCGGAGCAACACGAUACACACCUACGGGCUUCUCCACGCAGGAAGUACAGCGGCUCGGCAAAUUUCCAGAUUAUGCAACUUUGAGUGGUAUCCCACUACCAAGUCCGUUUCCUGAUUUCGAUAUCGACAAAGCCUUGCCGCGACCUUACAGGCCAUUUCGUUGGAACUACCAUCAAACGAUGUCACUCUCCAAAAUGGAUACCGACUGGUGGAUCGAGCUGGAAAGUACCUAUCGCCAAAGAAUAGCGGCCCGAAAAGAACUCCACUGGAAACAUGGCAAGGCAGUACUGGACUAUCUCCCUGGAUCUGAACUAGCCUGCAAAGAGCUCUUGGAAAUGGUAAUUCAAUUCCUCUGUGCUCGGUAUCCACAAUAUUUCACGUGUGAUGGCAAGAUAUUCUCCAAUGGGAUCCUUGGCAUUCAAAUAGACAUCGAAUCCAAGCACCCACUUGAAAUUCUGCUUGAUCAUGUCCCAGAGGACUUCACAAUCAUGAUUCGAGAUAGUCAAACCGGGAGGUACUCUCUGCGAGCUGGAGUCAUCUGUUACUCGAUUGGUUGGACGUUGGGUGAUAAGUUGGGACUUGGGCUUGAUGAGAUUCAUCAGCCUGUGCCGGAUUAUAAAGAGAAAAUGGCUUUCUCGAUGCACCGAUAUUUCUCAAAAAUGCCAACGGACAAACCGAUCCAACGCGGAGCCUGGAGCCUGGAAGUUGGACAAGUUCUCCACCUGACCAAGAACGAUCCGGAAAUCACUAAAGAGCACACUCAGGAUCCCAAUCUGAGUAUAGAAGACUGUUUCCUUCGAGUAGAUUGGCAGACUCUCCGACGUCUCCCAUUAUCCGGCGGUGUGGUAUUCAACUUCAAGGCAUUCUUUACCCCCGUCUCGGAGUUGCGGGACGAGCCUAAAGUACCUUCGGUACUUUCAGAAAUUUUAAAGCAUGGCAAGAAGGACCUCAUGGAAUACAAAAAGACUCCUCUUGUUGAGCAUGUUUUGAUCGCGGCUUUUGAGGCGUGGAAGAGAGAGCAGGAAGAAGCGGGAUUGGUGGACAGGGACUGGAAUGUUGCUACUCUGGAGCAUAGCCCUUUCUUCGCAGGCUGGGAAGCUAAGUGGUGCUCCUAG